AUGUCGCUCACGCACCCCACGCAGCGGGUUGCCGAGCUCAGGGAGCCUCCCGCCCUUUUACCGCCUCCUGAGGACUCUGAUUCCCAGCCCCCAAGUAGUAAGCGGCUCCGUCUGGAGGAGCCUGGGGGUGUCUCUGAGGCGGGGUGGAGGCUGCCUUUGGUGCCUCGCUUGUCUGAGGUGGAAAAAGUCUGGGAGUUGUCGCCUAGACCCUUCAAAGGGCCGCUUAUUUCAGCGAACUUCAUUUUUGGUAACUCCGCAGACUCGUGUGUGGAGAAAUCAGUCAGCGGGAAGCAGAUAUGUAACCCGGGAUGCCAAAAGAGCCAAUCUGAGAUGAAUAGUUGUUUGCAGUCUCUCCCCUCACAAAGUUUUGAUUCUGGUUUGAGGGCUUCCAGAAGGUCUUCUGAAUCAGGACUGAACGUCAGAGAGGUUUUCAGUGUGCGCUGCAGUGACACAUCCGAAGCAGAGUUUGCUCAGCUUCUGCCUAACGCCUCUAAAAACGAUAUGAACGGAGUGAAAAACAGGGAUGGAAAACAAUAUUUAGUCCAAGGGAGAGACGAUAGUCAGAAAGACGAUAGUUACAUAGAACAGACAGAAAACCUAUUUUUAGACGUUACCUUUUACAAGGAAAUGAAACCAACAUUUCGUGAAAUUAAGAACAGAUGUAAAGCUGUCAGUGUUAUGCCAUCAAAUAAAAAAGAAAAUAACAUUUCAGCAUCUACACUAAAAAUAUCAAAAUCUCAAAACGAGCCCUGCAUGGAAAUUGCCAAACCCAGCUAUUUUAGAGAUAGCAGCACAAUAAGUAUCCCUGAGUUCCCAACCGAUUUAAAUAGCAAAAUGUCCUCUGUCUAUUUAAAGGAAAUAGCGAAGAAAAGGAAUGACAAAAACGAGGCAUAUGUUAGAAAUUUCACAAACAUUUACUGGUCCCAAAAUAGACCUGAUGUUAAGAAGCAAAAGUUGCAGGAUGAUAAAAAAAUUGUGGAUGCAGAAAAUAUUGUUUCUGAAUGUUAUGAAGGUAAUCACCAGUCACUCAGCAACCAAAAUAUUUGCGUGAAAAAAAAGGACUUGAUCAAUUUAAACUACUGUAACCACAGUAGUAUCAAGUCUGAUGUGAGAGAUUCUGAAAAGAAUUACACUACAAUACUAGAAAAUGCAAAUUGGGAAGAAGCAGAAACAUGCCUGGACAGUUACAUAUCUAAUGGAUUGGAAAAAUCUCAAAGCUCAGACUGUAAUAUUAGACAUAUUUUGAGAAAUAGGGAAAAUUAUUGGAUUGUGGAUAAUUACAAGACUAAAUGUGAAAAUGUGAAAAAAAUUGGAGAAAGAUUGAAUUUGCUACAAUUGCUGGAAAUAGAUAUUUUAAGCAAAGAUUAUCACAAUACAAAAGCCAUGAAUACACAUGAAGAACAGUCAAAGCCUCUCCUGAGAGGAACACUGCGUAACCAAAAAGCUUCAAUAAAAUUUUUUUUGUUAAGUGGUAAAGAAGAAAACAAUAAUAUGCUACAGUUGAGAUAUUAUACUAUGCAAGAAGAUUUUCAUUUCAGCAACAUUUUUGAAAGUUUUGUUACAGAAAUUUUUUAUUUCCAUAAAAGUAUUUCAGGAAAUCAAAAAGAUAAUAGUAUUUUAACCUGGUAUGAAAUUUUGAAGCGUAAAAAGCAAAUUGAUGUUCAAAAUCUGAUAACUAGGAAUAUGAAUGUCAAUAGAAAGAAUGUUUUAAGCAUAUAUUUACAAACCAGUGUUUCAGAACUUUUGAAUAUCAUAUUGAAAGCCAAUAUAGCUUCUUUGCUCAAUAACUUUGAUUCUUUAACAAGAAUUGAAAAUGAUUCUAAAUUAGAAGACAGAUGCAUUUUCAAAUGGAUAGUGUAUUUUAAUUAUUCAAAAAAUAUAGUGGAGAAUCAUACUGUAUAUCUAGUAAACAUUUUAACUUUUUCAAGACUAUUAGAAGAUAAGAAAAAACCUAUGUUAGAGGAAAGAAAGCUAUUUAAAACCAAACAAGUUUUUGAAGAGCCUAAGAUAACAUCCAUCAAUUCCUUCAACAUGACAACUAAAUAUAUCCAUUUUCCAAUUUUUGAAAAAAUUCAUCUUUUAAUGGACUUUGAUGACAUGAAUGAAAUUUCUUUGACAAAAGAAAUUAGUUACAAGAAUAAGAGUUGUCCUGAACAACUUAUGAACCUGGAAAAUUGGGCUCACUGUAGUCCUAAUACUAUUGAAACACAUGUUAAGUCUGGUUCUCAAUUUAUACAGAAAAACAGUACAUAUGUUAAUGAAACAUUUUGUGAAACAAAUGUGUACAACCAAGAUUUAGAUACUGAAAGAAAAAAGGAGCACGGUAAGAUCAGCAGCUUUAAUUUAAAGUGCGUAUGUGAAGAUUUCUUCAAGACUGGGCAAUGGGCCAUACUGACAAGUCACGAUGCAAAACAUAGUGAACGAACCAAUCCUAUGACUAUAUCUCUAGUGGUAAAUUUUGGAAACUUGCUAAGUGAAAUUGAAGGAAAAAACCAUGACUUAAUUUUGAAGGAGGAAGUAAAAGUCACAGCACAAAGUUUAACAAACAGUUGCCAAGUUCAUAAAGAUAUUAAGAAAGAAAAGGAAGAGAAAAAUAGUUUUUAUUCAAUGGAUGGCAUGUCUCCUAUGCAACCAGUUUCAUUAAUAAGUAAGAAAGUAAAUGUGGAAGAAAGUAAGUAUAUUAAUCAAAAUAAUGUAGCUGAUAGAAAUGAACAUGAGAGUAUUUUGCAAGAAAGUGAGUUAGCUAAUUCAAAGCAUUUUCAUCCAAAGAAUGACUCUACAGAAUGUGUUAAUCAACAAUUUGAAACUGACUUGAGGGUAGGGAACAAUGAAUGUUUUCAGGACUUAGCUGCCAAGUGUUUAUCAACAGACGCUCUGGCAGUAGCAAAAGAUUUUGAGAUGAAGAGUAAAUUUGAUUUAGUACUUGAAGAACUUCGUAUGUUUCAUGAAAUUAGUAGGGAAAAUGAAAUUCUGAGCCCUGUGGAAACAAACAAUGGGCAAGAAAAUUACUUUGGAGAAAAUAAUGAUCUUGAGGAAGUAAAAAUGGAGAUAAAAACAGAUUUGAAAAUGGUUACAGUCAAGAAAAUACGCGCAUCUUCUUUGUUCUCGGAUACUGUAGAAGAUCCUAAUAUGCGUAAAAGACACCAAAGUUUAUUUAAAUGGAAAACAGUAUCCAAAAAUGGAGAACAGGAAGUUCCUAGUGAAUAUUGCUGUCCAAGAACAUCAGAGGAAGAAUUACUAUAUUCUACUUCUGAGGAAGAUUGUGAAAAACCUUUACCUAAAAGACCUACUUUUUUCUCUGAUGAAUGUAAAGAAGAAAAAAUUAAUUAUUUACUGAAGGGAGGUAGUAAUUUUUCACAUGGAAUUUCAAGAGUACUACCUCUUAAGACAUGCAGUCGACCAAUCAGAGUCGGUUUGUCAAGAAAAGCUAAGCUUAAACAACUUCAUCCCUAUUUGAAAUAG